CUUCGGCAUAUUAAUGUUCAAUGCGAACCAUAUUUCUCUUCUGGAACUUCGGUUACUUGAAGGCAAACUAGUUCCCAAGUAUGAUUAGUUUGGCAAAAUAAUACCAAAUAUAUUACAAUUGGUCAUUCGAGAUAGGAACUACGCUGUAGAAUUUCAUCUGAUGCCUACUUCUUUCAGUGUACCUGAGAUAAAACACCGAAUCCUGCGAGUUAUCAUGGACACACAGACAAAAUAAGUAUUUCUUUGCAGCUACCAGUAUUUCAUAAUUCAACUAUAUACUACUUAAAUAAUCAAAGUACGCACAGUAGUUUAUUCCAUUUAAACAAUGUUAAAUGAUUCAAUAUCAGUCUGAACGGCCGCUUUUUGUUGUUAUGGUGAUUCGUAACCACGCAAACAGUUGCUUAGAAAUUAUUUUUCUUAUCUACACAAAAUUCUUCUGAAUUUUCUCGGCACAUUAUACUUUGGAGAGAAUUUAUUUUUAGAGUUAAAAGUAGUAUCAGAAAUUUAUUGAAAAGUGUUUACUUGAAGAAAACGAAAACACAAUAAAGAACAAUGUGCUCCUGUGGUUGUAUAUUAACAGUAAUCAAUAGUAUCUUUCUGACCAUAUCCAUUGCUAUUGCUAUUGUUGGUGGACUAGUGGCAUGGAAUUCAACCGUGAUAACAAGCAUAGUGAGUAACACCCUGGUAUCUACAAUAACUACAGCCUCUUCGGGUAAAAUGUCUGCUGAUGCAGCCACACUGACUAGCAACAUCAUUUCACUUACAAAGCCGAUUGGUGUUAUCAUCUUUGUUUUGGGCAUAAUAAUCAUGGCACUCUGUCUGUUGGGCAUCGUUGGCGUAUGUUGCAAAUCAAAGGUCUGUCUUGGACUGUACCUUGCUAUUCUCGUGGCUAUCGUGGUCAUCCAUAUCGCUUUGAUCAUCACCUACGAAGUUCAGCCAACACUGAUUACUUCAGUGCUAGAUACAACCAUUGACUCAUGGGCUACCGGUUAUAUUUCUAUCGUCUCUGGAGAUGCUAACAGUGUUUUGUUUGCUUCCAUCAUGAUGCUUCUAAAUUGCUGUGGAUCCACAAGUGUAACAGAUAUCACUACAUCGAGUAAAUUUUCAACAUCUGAUACAUACGCAUCAACUGCGUACUCAUCGCUUGUUCGACCGAUCCCAUGCUGUAAAGUGGAUUCAACUUUCACUUUGUCUGAUUCAACCUGUCCAACAGUGUCAAGUUCCGCGCAACAAAAUGAUAAUACAGGCUGUAAAACACUGAUUCGAGCAUAUAUCAACACUUAUUGUAAUACUAUUGUUUACGUCUCUUUAGGUAUACUGGCAUUCUUUCUUCUUCUAAUUAUCAUAGCUGCAUGUACAAUUUCUAAGUUCUAACAUAAACAGAAAGUGUACACUGAGAACAGUUUAGACGAUAGAGAAUAGAACUGACAUGAAAUUCGCCUUCUUUUUUUAGUCAAAUAGUUGAACAUUCCUGUUUUAUAAAAAAAAUGUUAUACCAUACUCAGAAAGCAACCUUAAAUAACAAUAUUUCUGUAGAAUAAACUAUUCUGCUUUCCAUCCAUUCCUUUAUCUUCUAAUAAACGGGUUUCAUUCUAUACGAUAUAAUCCUAUUCGUGCUCAGAAAUACCAGUCAUCAGUGAUCAAUAUACUAUUUAUUACACUUUAAUUAUUUUUGAUCUUAUUGUGUAGUAAAAAAAAAUUG